AUGCUGGAGAGCGGCGGCAAGCCGGUGAAGGAGGGCGUGCUGGAGAAACGCAGCGACGGCUUGCUGCAGCUCUGGAAGAAGAAGCGUUGCAUCCUCACCGAGGAAGGGCUUCUGCUUAUCCCGCCCAAGCAGGAGCCGGCGGCGGCGGCUUCUUCUCCUGCCAACGGAGAGACGGCGGUGGCCGCCGUCAAGAUCAAGCAGUUACCCUUCUCCACCAUGAAGACAGUGGACUGCGUAGAACGGAAGGGCAAGUACAUGUAUUUCACAGUGGUGAUGGCCGAGGGGAAGGAGAUCGACUUUCGGUGCCCACAGGAUGAAGGCUGGAACGCCGAGAUCACGCUGCAACUCGUGCAGUACAAAAACCGGCAGGCCAUCCUGGCGGUCAAGUCGACCCGGCAGAAGCAGCAGCACCUCGUCCAGCAACUCGGGCCCCGCCUCCGGAGCGCCUCCAACUCCGCCUAG